GUUUACUCGAGUAUGUUUUGAAUCUUGCAAACGUGCCAGCGUAUGAUCCUGAAAAUACACACUAGGUAGUAUCAGUAGUCGCUCAGGCUAUAAGCCUGUAUUGAGACAUGAAGAAGCAUAGAGAACGAUGGAGAGUAAAUUCUGUGUUUUAAACGACCCCGAAGACCUGCAAACGUUAAUUACAAACACUGAAAAUAGGCUACAAUUUGAAAGGUCUAAGACGUUGUUUGAGGAGAUUCGGGCGUCCAUCAAUAAUAACGAUGAAGAGGACCGCUCCUUCUGGAGGCCAGUGCUUCCUUGGGGUGGCGUCUACACCAUCCGGGCAGGACGGAAGGCUAUAUCCUGUACCCCACUGUAUGUCAAGAUAUACUUAAAGAACACCUGCACCAUCGACGGAUUCCUCAUGAUACUCUAUGUCAUUCUGCGGGACAAUCAGGGAUUCCCCAGGGAGCUAGGUGUCUUCCUGGGCAAGCAGUUUGUGGAGCAUUUUCUCACACUGAUGGACUCGUGUGACUACACCACGGUUAAGAUGUUGUGGAUCUGGUAUAGGAUGUCUAAGAAACAGUAUCGAUCUGCAGUUUGCCAAGCAGCUCUGGAGAUUGACUUGUUUGGCAAUGAGCAUGAUAACUUCACCGAAAACCUGGAGAACCUGAUGUCCACGAUGCAGGAGAGCCUGUGCACGAGCUGGAGCUGUCGGACCCGCUUCCAGGAGCUCCUCAAGAGGACGGUCAUCAUCAACCCCCCUCAUGAACUGCCUCCCAGGGAUCCCAUUCAGUCCGCCGUCGAUGAGUUCUUCUGCCCCAAAAUCCUCCUCUGCACCGAACUCGGGUGUGACGGGCUGCGGGAGUUCUCUCACCGGGUCUUCUGCCACGGGGCGCCGCCCUUCGUCAUCCUCAACAUGCAGCAGUGGAAGGCGGAGGAGCUCUCCUACGUUCCCUACCACUUGGCUCUGUCCCAGCACAGGUACUCACUGGAGGGCGCCACACUCUUCAACAAGGAGGAGCACCACUACUCGGCCGCCUUCCAGAUCGACGGCUACUGGAUGCACUACGACGGGCUGAGGAGCGACAACCUCAUCCUGUUGCACAAGCCCCCCGAGCUGCUGCUGCUCUCCUCUCUCGUCUACACCCGGGCGUCUGAGAAGUAAAGCCCCCCCACCCCGCCAGUACCAACAAUCUGUCUGAAUGGGGACCACAUGCUCACAGAGAUGUGACAGAAUAUGAUUCAUUUCUACCACCCUUGCUUCUUUUUAUUCCAUGUAUAGAGGUUCUGAUUGCUUUCCCCCCCCCCCCCCCUACAGUUUUGAGGAAACUGUUACAAGUCUUAUGAGCUGUUUUUCAAAAGACGAAGACUAUAGGAGGCUCACUGCUUGGCAUCCAAGAAUAUAAUGGACUAUAAUAGUUCUCGGCUGUUAUGCACAAAUGGGGCGAGGGGGUAUUUGCAUGUCAUAUUCACGUCAGGCUCACAAUAUAAAUAUCCAUACACCUCAUAUUGCCAUUGCUAUACAAACACAUGUGUUUGAAUGCCUACAGAGAAUGCAAUUUAUAUUUAGCAGUGUUGUAGCGAGAGCUGCAAAUAAAUGCAUUGAGGAGCCGGUAAAAAUAUUGAACCUUUAUGCAUAUCGGCCUCUGCCUCAAUUAAAAGGGUGCUCUUUCUUUACACUGGGCUUUGUGUUAAUAGACUGUUUGCUUCCUUUGCCAUUUGUCACUUCGUGCCAAAAAUGCUUUAGUUUCAAUGACAUAUUUGGACGCAGAAGAUAUGGUAAAUAUAACAAUGCUGUCCAAAAUCCAAAUCAUGAUCAUUUCAUACUCCGUAUUAACACAUACUAGUCUAAUUGUAGAACUUGAAUUUGUAUUUAGAUUAACAAAACCCACUCCAUAUUGUCUGUUUCAAAAGAUUUUUCUGUCUUAAAGCAUUAAAUGACCACUUUCUAUGCAGCCAAUGUAAAUCUAUUGAAAUUAUGUUUAAUUAAAAAUAUGAUUUUUACAUGAUACAGAACACACAAAAUAAGACAUUGAUAAGGAGUACCUUUAUAAGGCAGGCAUUUAUUUUAACUGGGUACAACUGCACCAACAAACAGACUAAAAUGUAUGGAAAAUGUCUUUAAGUAAAAUAUGUUAACAUGUGGUGAACCAAAGAGCUACAGUCUAUAUCUAAGGUCAUCUUGUGCAUCCAGUAAGAGUCCACAGGAUAUAAAAGAUUCAAGAUUAUCACCUUACUUCAGACACACAUAAUGGAAAUGCAGUAGAAGCAGAGUGGUAAUUUGGCUAAACAUUGACAUCAGCUUCAAAGGAUUCCGUCUGUAGAGUCUAAACUGUAGCUUGGCAGGUUCCAGAACUGAUGUUGUUGGUCCUCCCGAAGCUGCAUUUUUAGUUAUAACAAGCACUUUGGUGAAAGUGGUGGCAAAACGUCACAUAGGGUUAGGCCAUAAAUAAAAUAAAAUUAGCAUUUACUUGAAAAUCAUUUUUUUCGUAUUUUCUUUGCAGAUUUCACGUUUGCAGAUUUUAUCAGGCUUCCUCUAACGAUUCAAGAAUAUGUAUGAACCACUUACGCAAAAUUCCUGAAAUACAUACGCCCACACAGUACAACAAAACAUACACUUAAUAAACAAUGAGAAACGCACAUAAUUAUGCCUGCAUAAUUUGUGCUCCUGCUAAUAGACUUUGAUUUUAAGUGACGAGCGUUACAUAAAAAACAAAAACAAAUCAGUGAGUAUUGUUACAGAACAUAUGCAAUAAUAAAAAAAAUCAUUCCAUCGCUGUUUUUCUAAAAUAAAAUCCAGGUUUGCAGUCUAAUGUUUGUCAUUAAUGUCUA